GGACGUAGGUAACGUGGGAAGCACAAAUGGAAAUGGGAGAGGGCCACAUUUCUUCUUCGUCUUCGUCUUCGUCUUCGUCUUCGACCUCUCCUUGCGCCCAAACCCUAGAUCUCAACCCCGGCCUCCCAUGGCGCGCUCCGCCGCUUUCUUCCUUCCCCUCACCGCCGCGAGCUUAUCUCAGCUCUCCUCUCCCUCGCGCACUCGACUCCCCGCUCUUCGAAUGGCGAAGCCCCUUCGGGUCCGAUGCGUCUCCUCCUCUCUCGAUUCGUCCAAGUCCUCUUCCGUUCUAGAAAAGCCCCCUGCCCCAUCGAAGACUGGCAUGUGGCAGUGCACAUUUGAGGGAAACGCCGUCAAUGUUUACUAUGAGAAGCAUGAACAGGAAACUGGUGAGAAUGUGAAGAACAUUCUUAUGAUACCAACAAUUUCUGAUGUUAGUACUGUAGAAGAAUGGAGGUCAGUUGCCAAAGACCUUGUGGCACGAGAAGGAGAGGUCCGUUGCCGUGCUACCAUCGUUGACUGGCCUGGCUUGGGUUAUUCUGAUAGGCCGUCGCUUAACUAUAAUGCUGAUGUAAUGGAGAAUUUCUUGGUUCAACUGAUGAAUGCGCCUGAUAGUCCAGUAGCAAGCUCAGAUGGCGACUUGAUAGUUUUUGGAGGAGGUCAUGCAGCAACUCUGGCACUUCGUGCUGCUGGAAAAGACCUUGUCAGGCCAUCAGUCAUUGCUGCUGUUGCACCUACGUGGGCUGGUCCCCUUCCAAUUGUCUUUGGUCGAGGUUCUGAUAUGGAAGCAAGGUAUGGACUGUUGAGAGGAACCCUAAGGGCUCCUGCCUUUGGUUGGAUGAUGUACAAUGUACUCGUAAGCAAUGAGAAGGCAAUUCAGUCUCAGUACAAAUCCCAUGUUUACGCCAAUCCAGACAAUGUGACACCCAGCAUUGUUGAAAGCCGAUAUGCGUUAACAAAACGAAAGGGCGCUCGUUAUGUCCCUGCUGCAUUCCUGACUGGCCUUCUCGACCCUGUUAAAUCUCGGGAAGAGUUCCUCCAGUUAUUCGCGGCAUUAGAUGGGAAGAUACCGAUUCUAGUUGUAUCAACCUCGAGCUCUCCUAAGAGGUCCAAGGCCGAGAUGGAUGCUCUUAGAGGGGCCAAAGGUGUUACUAAAUUUGUGGAGGUUCCAGGAGCUCUUUUGCCGCAAGAAGAGUAUCCUUUGACGGUUGCAGAGGAACUCUACGUGUUCCUGCAGGAGGCUUUUGCUUCAAAGAGUGAAAUUGCAUAGAAAUUUUUUUCUUCCUUCUGAAUAAGUUAUUCAGUUUAUAAUCAGUUUAAAUUCAGCAUAAGUACUCUAUUAUGUUUGUUCGAACCUUUAUUACUGAAAUUCGUGUAAAUCUGGGAAAGAUGACUGGACCUUUCGCCAAAGAUGUUCUGUAGUGCUUGCACUCAAAACUGGACUUAUUUCAUGGAGUUGGGAGGAAAUGUGGUUUGGAUAUAAGCAGUGUUAAUAGUGCGAA